CUGAAAUCGAAACUAAAGGCUUAUGCGUGUAUUUUUCUCUCCGCGACUGGAGACGGAUUUGUGUGUGUUCAUGCAACACUUUACACAUUAUUGACAUCUUCCUGGUUUAUCUGAAGCUUUCUGAGCAAACAGUGUGAUCUUCUGCCAUGAUUUCAGCUGUAGCACUGAGAUGGAUUUUACUGUUACUUUAUUCAUCUCUCAGCCAUCAGACUUCUUCUGAUCAGUUUACAGUGAAGGUUCAGUCUGAGGUCUCAGGGCGGCUUGGUUCCUCUGUGUCUCUUCACUGUGCUCUUGAUAACAACAUGGAUGCUCAACCCCUGGAAGUCCGCUGGCACCGUCCCAAAAUGCAGAACACCCCGGUUCUGCUCUACAAGAACAGACAGAUCCAGAAGAGUCGUGUAGAUGUUCGGUACCAGGGCAGAGCGUUCCUGUUAGGAGACCUGGAGAAAGGAGACGUCUCUCUGAAGCUGGAGAACCUGACGCUAGCAGACAGUGGAGACUAUGUGUGCCAUGUGAGCAGUGAUAACUGGUACGACAAGGCCACGGUGUCCCUCAGAGUGAGAGCAGUGGGAUCCACUCCUGUUAUCUCCUUAAAGGAAGCAGGCGAAGGCCAGGUGAACAUUAGCUGUAAAUCACAUGGUUGGUUCCCAGAGCCGUCAAUCAUCUGGACAGAUAAAGAAGGGAGAGAUCUGAAACAUCUCAGCACAGACAUCUUCACCACCAAACCUGAAGGUACUGUAGAUGUGAGCUCAUGGCUGAUUGUGUCUCCCUCUGAGUCUGAGUGGAUCUCCUGCUCUGUGGGUUUGUCUGAUCCGGAGAGAAAAGACAGCAGAGUGACGUUAUUUGUCCCUGCAGGUGGAAGAGAAUCGUUGAAUGGAUACUUCAUUGCGAUGCCCAUUCUGCUGCUGUGUGCUGCUGCUGGAAUUGCAGUGUUUUUCCUGCUACGUAAAAAAGGUCUGAUUCUCUCCAAGAAGAAAGGGGCGAAAGAACCAGGAACUCCAUCAGAAACUGAACCUCUGAACAUGGCCCAUGUGGAGAAUCAGGAUCAGAAUGAAGAUACAUCUGAUGGUCCAGUUCUUCAUGCUGUGGUUGUAGCAGAAUCCAGAGGAGAGCAGAGAGGAACCAGCUCCUUCUCCUUCUCAGGUUUCUCCACUGAUGGUUCAGCCACGGACAAACCAAACCUCACUGAGUCCUUCUCAGAUCUCAGACCUGAUACCUCAAAUACCACACCCACUGCCAUCCCCUCAAAUACCAUACCCACUACCAUCAGAUCAAAUACCACACCCACUGCCAUCCCCUCAAAUACCACACCCACUGCCAUCAGAUCAAAUACCACACCCACUGCCAUCAGAUCAAAUACCACACCCACUGCCAUCCCCUCAAAUACCACACCCACCGCCAUCCCCUCAAAUACCACACCCACUACCAUCAGAUCAAAUACCACACCCACUACCAUCCCCUCAAAUACCACACCCACCACCAUCCCCUCAAAUACCACACCCACCGCCAUCCCCUCAAAUACCACACCCACCGCCAUCCCCUCAAAUACCACACCCACUGCCAUCAGAUCAAAUACCACACCCACUACCAUCCCCUCAAAUACCACACCCACCGCCAUCCCCUCAAAUACCACACCCACUGCCAUCCCCUCAAAUACCACACCCACUGCCAUCCCCUCAAAUACCACACCCACUGCCAUCCCCUCAAAUACCACACCCACUACCAUCAGAUCAAAUACCACACCCACUACCAUCACCACAAAUACCACACCCACUGCCAUCCCCUCAAAUACCACACCCACUGCCAUCCCCUCAAAUACCACACCCACUACCAUCCCCUCAAAUACCACACCCACUACCACCCCCUCAAAUACCACACCCACUACCAUCCCCUCAAAUACCACACCCACUACCAUCCCCUCAAAUACCACACCCACUGCCAUCCCCUCAAAUACCACACCCACUGCCAUCCCCUCAAAUACCACACCCACUGCCAUCCCCUCAAAUACCACACCCACUACCAUCACCACAAAUACCACACCCACUGCCAUCCCCUCAAAUACCACACCCACUACCACCACCACAAAUACCACACCCACUGCCAUCACCACAAAUACCACACCCACUACCACCACCACAAAUACCACACCCACUACCAUCCCCUCAAAUACCACACCCACUACCAUCACCUCCAAAGCCACUUCUGCUAACACCAGCACAAAUGGUAAACCUGCAGCCACCAUUCCAAAGCCCAUUACCAUCACCCCAGAUCCCACACCUACUACCACCACCUCAAAUACCACACCCACUACCACCCCCUCAAAUACCACACCCACUACCACCCCCUCAAAUACCAUACCCACAGCUGCCCCCACCUCAGACUCCGCCUCUGUCACAACAUCUGCAGGAAGUUUCAGCUCAGGCAAAACACAUCCUACCACCAAUACUGACAGAAGAAUACUACAGGCCAAAAGGAGAAGGAGAAAAGAUGCAGCAAAUAAAACAGGAAACUCUUCUGGUAAAGCUGAAGGAGGAGAAACCAUUACAGAGAGUUCAUCAAAGAGGAAAAGAAAGCAAACUCCGGAAAGUCCAAGGACCACAAAGCGUCUCUAUAAGGAAGAAGGAGAAAGAGAGGACAGUGAGGUGGGUGUGGAUGAACCUGUCCCAGAGGAUGUGGAGAUGAAGACAGAGACGGGGACAGGGAUGGAGAACUAUGAAUCCUGUCCUGAGCAUAUGGAGAUGAAGACAGAGACGGGGACAGGGAUGGAGAAUAAUGGUUCAUGUCCAGAGGAUGUGGAGAUGAAGACAGAGACGGGGACAGGGAUGGAGAAUAAUGGUUCAUGUCCUGAGGAAAAUGGAAUGCAGUGUGACUGAAGUUUAUUGUGUUUCAGCUCUUCAGCGUAUUUCUGAUUAUUUUAUACUGCAGAAAAGUUUUUAUGUUUUUAUUUACUUUAUUAUUUUUACUCUAAUACUGUUUAUAUUGUAAACCUGUGAUGUUCCAGCUGUUGUGUUUAUUGCUGUCUGUUAGAUAUUAAUAAAAAUCUUUGAAGAUAAUUUUAA